AUAAUCACGACUUCUUCGCCAGAUGGACCAUAGUAUUUCUCAUGAUCCGUGUGAUCUGCUCUUCGCAUAUUGCACUGUUUUUUCUGACAAGUUACAAUACACUAUUCUAGUAUUAAUCAGAAAACAAAUAAGCGUUGAAGGACAAGAUAUCUUAGGUUAUACAAAACGUCCGAUUAAUAUCGAGCGUAAGAAGGCGGCAUUGGAAGUUGGAAGGCUUCGCUGAAUA